UACUGAUGAUUUCCUUACUGAAAUAUUACCCGCUACGCAGCGUCGUUUGUCCUUUUCCCUUCCCAUGGCAUCCGCGCGAGGAAACCAACUCCAAGACGGAAAGAGAGAGCGAGCUCCCACCGACAUAAAAUCCACACAACACACGGCCCUUCGCAAUCGCUACACCGAUAAAUAAGUAUCAUCAUCAACCAGACGAGACUGCACGAACCAACCAACAAUACAAUUUCCGUACGUAUCUUCGGCCUCCGGAACAGCAAUCAACCUACGCGGUAAGCAGCUCUUCCCAUCAGUUCCAUAAUUAUUAUUCUUAUUCUUUGUUUUUUUUUAAGAAAUCGACGAGUCGAAUGAAAUAUUUGGUUCCCGAUGAUCCGAUUCAAUCCGAUAUCCUUUUUUUCCUAGUUUAUCAUCUGGUUUUCUUGGUAGAAACUGACCCUUUCCUAGGUGAAUUGUCGAUCUCUCUUCAAAAAAAAAUCAUGUUCUAUAGAUAAAUAAAUAAAUGUUCCCCGUGCUUACAAUGGAUCCUAGCGCGCUAGCUAACAAUAAUAUUUCUACGCUCUCUGCAUGCAGUUCUUAAUUAGGACAGCUAGCAACAAGUCGCACGUUGCUCGCUAUAUAUAGCUAGUAAUUAAUAGGGAUUGUGAUUGUGAGUUGUCCCUUUCUGUGUCCGCCCGUACGUAUUGCAUGCGGAUUCUAUUUGAUCAAUUACUCCAUCCUUAUGUACGUGGCGUUGGGCCCUAUAUAUAUGUCGUGUGUGUGUGUGUGUGUAAAUUGUGCACAGAAAAGAAACCCUAGCUUAACUAGCUGCUGGAAUUAUAUAUAGAUAGUGAGACAGAGAUGGGGGCUCGAAACAGCAAAGCAGCAGCAGCAGCUGGCUCUGCAAAGGUGCAUGGCGAUGACGAGGAACCACACAAACAGAACAAACAGGAGGUGGAGGAUCUCGUGUAUUACGCAACUCCGCUCUCCAUUGGGAUGGCUGAUAUUUACGAUGUGAUGUCGGUCAAAAUCCCAAAGAACGCCACUAUCCCAACCAUGAAGUUCGAGUCACGCUUAACCACCGUGGUUGACAACCAGCCCAACCACAAAAUUGCGGUUUACCAAGGCGAAAGAAGAAAGGCAAGUGCCAAUCAACUUCUUGGCACCCUAAUGUUCGAGGGUAUCCCACCGGCUCCCAAGGGUGCUAAGUUCAUGACUUCCUUCGACAUCGACACCAUGGGCAACCUCAACGUGUCUGUUAAGGAUAAAACAUCCGGCUGGAAGGAGACUAAGAGCAUACCAGGCGUCGGUGUUAAAGGGAAGCUGCAGCUUGCCUCGGCGGAGGAGAUGUCUCGGCAAGGAGAGAAGCACAAGUCGGAGGAUGAAGAGCACUUGAAGAGGGCAAGUAUCACGAAAGCAAUGAUGGAGUAUACAAUCAUGAUAAGAGGAAACGCUGCGGCUGGAGACUUUUCUACAAACGUGCAUUCGGCGUUUGAGGACGCGGUUGGAAAGAUGUUGGACGAGUUAAAGGAGAAAGCAAAGGAGUUUGGGUCAGAAUAUGACACCAAGAAAAGUGCAACUGUUAUGUCCACUUUUUGUGGAAUACCAUUUAGGAAGAAAGAUUGGAAUAGGAAGAAUAAGAAUAAAAAUGAAGGAAAGAUAGAUAGAUUGGAAGAAGAGAAGUGUUAUCGGAGAAUGAAUGAAUUAGCUAGCUAAGGUUCCAAGUUUCGGACGUGAAGAUAUUCAUUGGAUCCCCUUGUUUAUUCCAACGCAACUGUUUGUUGUUCUUUUUCCUUUUUUUAUAGUACUUGAAUUCCAUUAAACUCCUAGCUUGUUUAGUCGGGGAAUAAUAAUUUAAAUAUUUCAUG